GCAUUCACUAAUCACAUGACGUGCAUAUAGAUAUAAAAAUGUUGACAUUGUUUAUCUUCUUCUUACAGCUUGAGUUACAAAAAUGUUGACAUUCCCACUUUGUGGUUGUGAGUUAUCUUCAGAAUCCAAGACUCUAGCUUUUGCUGCUCCACUGAUUUCUAUCUCGCAUACCAAAAGACAGAUUGUGCUGGGACGACGCGAUUCCGUCAAAGUUCCUGCAGAAAAAUCCGGAAAUUUCUCCCUUGGUUCGAUAUUCAAAAGCUGUGACACUUGUGGAGCCAAAGGAGCAAUUGAGUGCCCCGGUUGCAAGGGAACAGGUAGAAAUAAGAAGAAUGGAAAUAUUUUCGAGAGGUGGAAAUGUUUUGAGUGCCAAGGAUUCGGUAUGAAGAGCUGUCCUAAAUGUGGCAAGGGAGGUUUGACGCCAGAACAGAGAGGGGAAAGAUAGAAGAACUAUACUACUUGUUUCUAAUAAACAUGUAUCUAUUUCCAUUACUUUUUUGUUGUAUAACUUGCAAGAUAUACUAAAAAUUAUUGAUAAUUUAUCUUUUGGACAGAA